GCGAACGUCCCUGCUGCCGCUAAUGUGGCUGCUGCUUGUGUUUUACAGAGUUUCUGGGGGCCGUGCCAGUGGAGCAGCACAGGGAGGAGGAAGUGUCUGCAGUGUCUGUCGAUGUGAAGGCCGAGGCCAUGGAGAACCUGAAGACGCUGGUUCGCAACAGAAGGAACUCCGUCCCCGUCUUGGCCCAAGUGCCCCAGUUCAAACGCCUGCCGGACUUCUGGGGUUGGUACAAGUUCUUCAUGAAUAGCCACAACCAGGAAGGAGUUGAGGAUCUGGAUCGUCUGUACAUGACCUACCUGCAGAACAAGCACAGGACAGAGGAGGGCCCAACUUUCAACCACUACCUCAAGCACCUCAGUGAAAUCUACAAGUCUUGUGCCGAUUCCGAUGAUCCAGAGUGCAUCUCUGAGUCCACCAGCAAGCCAAAGGCUGCAUUGGUGAUGCCCGAGGCCAUCAAGGCUGCCACCGUCAGGAUGUGCAACCCAUACCUCGACCCCCACUGCCUCUACCCAAUCAUGUCCAAGGGUGGUGCCCGAGAGCCAGCUCCAGCUCCAGUUAAACAGCCCGCCCCCAUCUUUACCCCCAUGCUGCCCAUGCCCAUGAAGAGCCCCAGUGGCUUCUACUACUACGCUCCCGUCCUGGAGCCCUUCCUGAGCGAUGCGCAGAGGGCUGAGCUGCUGAGAAUCUGCAACUCUGAAGAUGUGGAGUGCCUGCAGUAUCACCUGAGGGCAGCUUAUGGCUACCGCCCGGCAUCUGGCCCAGCCCCGUCCUACGCCGCCCUCAAAUGUGACCCCAGGGACCCGUACUGCAUGCCCACCUUGGUCCAAAAAGCCCCCACCGGCUUCUACCACAUGCUCUACCCCAGCUGUGACCCAGCGGUCGAUCCUCUGUGUGUGACCAAGGCCGCUGCUCCGGCUCCACUUUCUGCAGAGGAGGCCCCUAGAGAGCAACAGUGCAACCCUCUCUUUGAUGGUGGCUGCAACCCCCUGACCGCCACCAAGCUGUCCGGCCUCACCAAGCCCGUGCUGGAGUACCCCACCAAAGUUGGGCCCGCACCUCCUGCGGCUCAAAUGUCCUGCGACCCUCGCUACGACCCGUACUGCAUACUGGCAGCCGCCGCUGCCCUUCGCAACCCCGAGCACCAGGUCCGCUACAAGCUUGGCAUCCAAGGCAAGACCAAGGACGGCCACGACUGCUACGUGCACUAUGACAAAGACUGCACGCCGGUGAAGUUUGGCUACGAGGCCAAGGCCGACAUCAAGGCUCCAGCCAAGCCCUUCUGCCAUCCCUAUGACCCAAACUGCGGCAAGUUUGCUCCACCUUCAGCCAUCGAGGCCCCGAAGUCCGACAAGGAUGGGAUUAUCCUGCCCGACCCCGACUGCGACCCUGAAUAUGACUACAACUGCCGCCUGCGUCGCAGCAAGCCCGCUGAUGCUGCUGCUGAUGAGCCCGCCGCUGCCGACGAGCCCGCCAAGGAGGCCGCUGUCCCACGCUUUGAUGACUUCCUCAGGGGAGUCAUGAGCCAGCACCAGUAG